CCGACACGAAGGAGGAGUUAUCUGCAGCGCAGAAGAAACCGAAAGUGCAGGCAGCGCAGGCAGCGCAGGCAAGCGGGGGGGAUCCCGGCCCUGCCCGUCCCGCCAUGGCUGGCUCCGGCACCAGCACCAGGCUCCUGGGAGAUGACUUCCAGUUCAUUCUUUGUGAGGGCUGCCAGCAGGAAUCAACCAAACUCAAGCUCCUCACCUGCCUCCACACCUUCUGCCUUGAUUGCUUGAGCAAGAACAAGGCUGCUGGGCAGUGCCCCGUGUGCCAGACAGCUAUCCCACAGGCCAGUGGCAUCCCCAACACAGACAACCUGCUGUUCACCAGCCUGCAAGCCAGACUCAAGGUCUACAAGAAGAUCGCUGAUGGAGUUGACCUGCUCUGCAACAACUGCAAGAAAGCUGGUGAGUUCUGGUGCUCUGAGUGCGAGGAGUUCAUCUGCACCAAGUGCUUUGAGGUCCACCAGCGCUACCUGAAAAGGGAGAGCCAUGAAGCCAAGAGGCUGCUGGACAUCAGGGCAUCGUCUGCUAAGGAAUUCCUUGAAGGCACCAGGAAGACCAGUAACUUGUCCUGCUCCAACCCAAUGCACAAGGGCCAGACUGUAAGCAUCUACUGCAACAAGUGUGAGAAGGCACUGUGCUGCUCAUGCGCGCUGCUGGACAGUCAGCAUACCCCCUUCUGCGACAUCCACAGCGAGACCCAGCGCAGGCAGGAGGAACUGGGCACCAUAAGCCAGGAGCUGAAGCAGAAGCGAAGCAACUUUGAGGCCACCUGUGCUGCAUUGCAGGAUGAGGCCACCCGGCUGGAGCAGGCACAGCGGGAGACGCGGGAGCUGAUCCAGCAGCGCGUGGAGCAGCUGGUGCAGCUGAUCCGGCAGGAGGAAGAGGAGCUGCUGGGGCUGGUGGAGGCACGGCAGGAGCAGGGCCAGCGGGACCUGGCAAGGAAGCUGCAGCACGUGGAAGGGGUGCUGCGGCGGAUGGAGGCAGGCGAGCGGCUGGUGGAGAAGAUGAGCCUCUACGCCACAGAGCAGGAGGUGAUGGACAUGCAGCCCUUCAUCAGGGACUCACUGAAGGAACUGCAGUGGCUGCAGCCACCGGUGGCCAGGGACCGAGCACAGCCUGGGGACUUUGCUGAAUGCAGAGCCAGGCUGCAGGCACUGGUGGAGCGCGUGACCAGGCACCCAGAAGCCACUCCAGCUCCAGCCAUGGAAAUACCCCACCAGGUCUCCACCUCGGUAAAGAGGAAGAAAGUCCAAAAUGCGAAUGUCCAGACAUUGCAGGUGAAGAUGAUAAAGGUUGAAGACGACAAUGACGGGUGGAACCAGAUGGUGCUACAGCAGCCAAGCUGCUCAGACCAGCCUAGGACCAGCUGUUCAGUGUCCCUCACGUCUUUCACCAAGGAGGACAGCCUGCUGGAAGAUGUGCCAGAUGGCAACGGUGGGCUGCACAACUCAGACAGCGAUAGUCUCUCCUUGGACAGCUAUGAGGAGGACAGCACUGAUGAGGAGUCAAUGGACUCCAGUCUGCUAGAUGACCUCAGCAACAUCCUCGACGAAAGCACCAGCGAAGACUACUUGGGCAUUCCCAUCAGCAGCCAGAACAUAUUGGACACAAGACAAGGAUCCCUGGUCUUCUUUGACGUGAAGAUUUUGAAAAAUGAAAGCAUUCAGAUGACGGUGGUAGAUGGAGAGAAAAUAUUCCCAGUUCUGAUUCAGCCAGUGAAAUAUCUGUCCAACUUGAUGGCUAAGAACAGCAUCUGUGAGCUCGGUCUGAGGAAUCUGCUGUGCUACCUCAACACUGUCCACAGGCCCAUCCUGGGUGGCUUUGGUCUCUGGUCACUGCCCCUUCCCACCCUCUUGAAAGCAUUGACAGUCAUGGACAAGAAAGAGGAGUUCAGCUCUGUGGUGUAUGGUUUCCUGGACAUUCUGCCCCUGAUUAAGGAGGAGAUCCCCAAGAGGGAUAACUACAGGCUGAAGAACUUGGCCAGCACUUACCUCUGGUGGCAAUUCAGUGACUGCAGCACCCUGGAGAAUGCCAACAUCAUGAAGUACCUGUGUGAGGUCCUGGACGUCAACCUGGUGAAGAAACCCAGGCUGAUCCUCAGUCAAGCCAGCCUGGAGUCCUUCAUCUCCCUCCAGCCCUUGCUGGCUGAGAAGCUCCUCACCAAGCAAUCAGCCCAAACAUUGGCUACCCACAACAUCGGCCUCUCUGAGCUGUGGUCCUGCUACCAGCACAACCCUGAGAAGGGGCUCCAGAAAGUACGCUGUCUCAUCAACGCUUGCCGGCACAGCUCCGAAAAGAAAGUCCGAAACCUGAGCAAGGUCCAGGUCUACUUCCAGCACCAGGAGCAGUUGAAGACCCUGGCAGGCAGCAGAAGACCCUGGCAGGCAUCAAUUUCCCAAGAGCCAUAAAAAGCAAGGAAAAUGUUGAAGGAUGCUUAUGCCUCUCCUGGAGCGAAAUCCUGGCUCACAUCAGUAGUUUUGACUUCAACAUUUCCUCCCUGCUCUUGCCUGGGGUGAUGAGUCUGGGUCUCUGGGGUGUGGUAGUCUCUUGGUGUCCUCUCUCAUCUAAACUUGUGCGAAGGUGAAGAGGUAAGGACACCAGCUUGGCUGGAAGAUGUUCUUCUCUGAUCCAACACCCUGCAGCCACACUGUGCCUUUGUUUCCCCGCUGGAUGGAUCAAGCCAACUCUUGGGAGAAAUCUUUCAAACCGUUUCUGAUCUGGGUUUUUUGGGGGGUCAGUGGGAUCCAAAGCCAGCUGGAGAAACAGCAGCUUGGGAAACUGGUUUGGUUUGGAAGGACCAAGGAUGGUGGUCAUUGCUAGGAAGGAGGUUGGGCAGAGCUGCUCUGUUCCUGUGAGCUGCUGUGUGUGAUGCAGCUGUGGGAAGAAAUAAAAAUCCUCCUUCAGUCAGCAGGGGUAUGAACCUCCUAAGUGGGCAAACAGGGGCAUGGUUUUCCUACCUCAUCCCCUGAUUUCCAAACUCAAAGAUAGCCAGGGAAUUGUACCUUCCUUUGUACUUCAUUGCUUUUUGGCUUCUGUGCCUGCCUACAGAUGCAGAAGAAAUAAAUCAUUUUUCUAAUUU